AUGGAACAAAUACAGCCCUUGACCCUUGAGACUUUAGAGCCUUUUCCAUUGCCUAAAUAUUUGGAUUCGUUACCGAUAUCAAUUAUUGAGCAAUUCACCCAACUGCACAGCUUAGUACUGGGGUACAUCAAACAAUUGCCAGCAUAUCAAAAGUUGAAUAAGACGGUAUUAGAAGCAUUAAAUUGGCAAAUAACUAAGUUAAAUGAAAUUAGUGGUAUAUUGAAGAGCUAUAAUGCUACAGGUGCACAAAUAAAGGAGCAAAUAGCAAAAUUAAACUCACUUUAUAGCGAAUUUAUUAACUUGGAAACGUAUCAAUACCAGUUAUUGUCGUCAAACUUUAAUCAGGAGUUUUUGAAAAAUAAAUUUCAUAAAGUGAUAGUUGAUAAUGACCAAGAAUCAAAAAAAUUGGUGAAAGAGUUCAAAGGAAAUAGUACGGAGGUUUUUGAAAACCUGCUUAAUAACUUAAUCAAAGAUUUCAGGUCGAGUCGAAAGUCAUAUCAUUUGCGAAAAGAGAAGUUAAAUAGGUGGAAUGAGGAGAGAGUUAGUGGUUUCAUAUAA